GUUUUAUCUGUCAUUCAGAGUCGUCGGGUCGGCAACUUGGUUCGCUCGACACCUCGACACAAGGUCGAAUUUCUAUAGGAUUGAUAAAACAUUAAAAAGUUGCGGUGCAAAUUGCACCUUUAUAGCUUUAGGUAUUUGGUUGUUGAAUUGCACCACGGCUGCUUGAUUUUAGACUUUAAAGUGAGCAGUAAUUAGUUAAGAUAUCAGGAAAAAAACAAAUACACACGAUUGAGGAGUACAAUGCGCUAGACUCGCCAGGAAAUUAGCAUUUGGUAAUCGGUUUAUUUUGUAUUGUGUUUAGUUUAUAUUCGUUACCCAACCUCUGCACUUCAGUGUUCAGCAUGGCAAGUGAUGAAAAGAAAAUGGUGUCUUCAAGUAAACCGGCACUGCCUCCAAGCAGUGAUGAAACUGGCAAUGUGCUGUCUAUGAUAUACAGAUUCUUCAAGAAGGUAUCGGUCGUUGGCGCCGUGUACCUGGUCGGGUACAUGCAAUGGAGCGUGGCGUGGCUGAUCGGACCCGUUAUUCUGUCUGUGCUGCGCGAUCAAUGGCGUAAGGAGAACGAGUACCGACGCAACUUGGCCAAGGCCGCAGCCUCCUCCUCCGAGAAAGAUGUUGUUUUGGCUAAACUUGACGACUUGCCGGCCUGGGUGUUCUUCCCGGACGUGGAGCGCGCCGAGUGGCUGAACAGGAUUCUUCUCCAAGUUUGGCCCAAUGUGAACUCGUACGCUCGUAAUCUACUGAAAGAGUCCAUUGAGCCAGCCGUGGCCGAGAGUCUGGCCAACUUCAAACUCACAGGCUUCAAGUUCGAAAGAAUGAUUCUUGGCACCAUUGCGCCGCGAGUCGGCGGCGUUAAGGUAUACGACAAGAACCUAUCCAGGGAUGAAAUUAUAAUGGACGUCGACUUAUUCUACGCUGGCGACUGUGAUAUCUCCUUCGUCCUACAACGCAUCCGCGGCGGUAUCAAAGACCUUCAGAUUCACGGUAUGGUGCGUAUUGUAAUGAAGCCUCUUAUAACCAAGAUGCCUCUGGUGGGAGGACUCCAAAUCUUCUUCUUAAACAAUCCGUCCAUUGACUUCAACUUAGUCGGAGCCGCUGAUAUUCUCGACAUGCCAGGCUUCAGUGAUAUUCUACGACGCUGUAUUGUGGAGCAAGUGGCUAAGAUGAUGGUGUUACCAAACAAGUUACCUAUUAAACUAAGUGAUGAAAUACCCACUGUAGAUCUGAGGAUGCCUGAACCGGAGGGUGUACUUCGUAUUCAUCUCGUACAAGCUCAGAAUCUAAUGAAGAAAGAUGUCUCAAUGAUUGGUAAGGGUAAGUCAGAUCCGUACGCGAUCAUCACGGUGGGUGCGCAGCAAUGGAAGACGAAACACAUCGACAAUAACGUCAACCCUCGCUGGGACUUCUGGUGCGAGGCGUUAAUAAGCUCAAAGAAGAGUCAAGUGCUGCAGUGCGAGCUCUGGGACUGGGACCCUGGCAUGGGCAUUCAGAACGAUGAUUAUCUUGGCAGGUGUUCGCUGGAUAUCUCACAAGUUGUACGCUUUGGCCGCUUGGACACGUGGCAAACUCUUCAGCAAGCCAAGCAUGGUAAAGUUGAACUGCGUCUUUCUUGGCACCGUUUGACUUCAGACGUGUCGCAACUUAGCCGUGCACUAACGGAGACCCUGCUCAUUAAGACUGGCGACUUAAGCUCCGCUGUCUUGUCUGUGUACAUCGACUCAUGCAAGAAGUUGCCUAACGCUCGCACCCAAUCUCGGCCCGACCCCUACCUCACGGUGACUGUGGGCAAGAAGACUGAGACCAGCGCCGUUCAGAUGAGGACCGAUGAUCCCGUCUACGAGAUCGGAUACUCGUUCCUUGUCCAGAACCCCGAGUGCGACAACUUGGAGAUCAAGGUUCUGGACUCUAAAACGGGAGGUCAGCUCGGCCAGCUGACAUAUUCAAUAUCGACUCUGCUGAAAGAAAAGGACCUGAGCAUGAUUACUCAGCCGCUGAUGCUGCAGCGAUCCGGACCGGAGUCCAAAAUCAUCAUGUCUUUGCAAUUGAAGAUUUUGAAGGAGGCUAUCAAGGAAGAGGACUACGAAGAAGACCCUGUGGCGCCGGCGGUGGUAGAGACACCGAGAGCACCGUCGCCCCCCGCCCCCGCGACGCCACCCUCACCUCCAUCUCCAGCUGUCUCUGAUGAGCCUGGACCUCUCACUGACCCUGUGACUGUACUUCCUGAGCCGAUAAUGAAGAAUGUUGAGGAUGCUCUUCUAGAAAGUAGCUCACAGAAGUCCGUGCCUUUAGAGCAUAUUGAAAAAGAAGUUGAUACACCUCAAGAAUAUCAACCCCCAAAAUCACCUGAGCGCGAGCCACCAUCGAAGCUUGUGCAUAGAAUCUCUUCAUUGACAACGUCAGCAGGAGAAGCCGGCCUCGGCCGUAUUCUGCUCUCACUUCGUUACAGCAUGCAAAACCAAACUCUGUUCGUGGUUGUGCACAAAAUUAUGCACAUACCAUUGAAGGACCCCACCAACGUGCCUGAUCCUUACGUCAAGUUGUACUUGCUGCCUGGUCGCUCCAAGGACUCUAAGCGUAAAACUGUGGUUGUGAAGGACAGUUGCAUGCCAGAAUAUGACGAGCAGUUCGAGUGGGUGAUCCCAUUAGCCGAGCUGCAUUCCAGGCAGGUGGAAGUCACUGUCGCCACGCACAAAGGAUUCCUAGGCGGUAGCCCUGUUAUUGGACAGGUAGUUGUACAUCUCAACCAGUACGACUUCCGUGAAGCUAAAACGAUGUGGUUCGACCUUUUGCCGGAGACGUCGCCAAGAGAUUAGACAGGACAUAGGUGUAAUCCUAUGUUCCAAAAUUUGUGAAAGUACUUAUGAAUCUUAUAUUUUGCGUAUUGCAGACGCCAUAAUUGCUGAUCUGAUUGUUAACUAUAAUGUUCAGUGUUCAAAUCACAUAUUAUGACAAAGUAUUAUGAAGGCUUUUUAUAAUAAUAAAAAAAUAUACUUAUUUCCAUGUUAUGUAGUUGUUGAUUAAAUCUAUGUAUUUUACAUUGUUGUGAAUGCUUUCUGUUUUAUUUAUUUCUCUAUAAAUAUGUAACUAUCUCCUAUUAUUAUUGCUUAUGAUCAUACAGUGUUGUUGCACGAAGUCAGACUAAUGAUGUCAAGUUUAGCUUAUGAUUCUUAUUACUGCAUUUAUGUCAAGUCGCAUAUUAUAUUUUGUGUAAGUCAUUGAAACUAUAUUUUGUUUUGUUACUUUUAUAUGCUAUAAGUGUAAUUUUUGAGCAUUAAAUAUUUUAAAAAUAUU